AUGGUGCAGGGACCAAAAUGCUGUAGCAGCAGCAGCUUAGCAGAAACCGUAGCAGACUAUGAAGAUAUCCUUACCGAAAUCCUUUUGCGUGUGCCAGCUCGACCUCUGGUCCGCUUCAAAUGCGUCUCCAAGCACUGGCUCUUUCUUAUUUCCGACCCCAAGUUCUGUCAUCGCCAUAUGCUAAAGAAUCCACACCCGCCCAUUUCCGCCUUCUUUUCUCAGAAGUCCAGCGAGUUUGGUUUUGUCCCUCUCCACUUUGAUCAUGAUCCGACUAGUAUUAGAACACGCGGGAACCAAAACCUAAUUGAGUCUGCAAGGUCCUGCAAUCCUCUGGAUUUCGUACACAGCCUACACAGCAUUAAGAUUGUCCAGUCCUGCAAUGGCCUCUUCUUGUGCUGUCUCCAUCCUCCACGAUACUCUUACCCAACUAGAGCUAGUACACUUGUUUAUUAUGUUCUCAAUCCCACAACCAACAAGUUCACCACACUUACUCCUCCAGCAGCUGCUGCUGCCACUACCAGUGAUCCUCGAAUCUUUGGCUACGCUUUGGCUUUUGACCCUUCCAAAUCACCUCAUUACAAAGUGGUCUUCCUUUGGUGUGUUGACGAACCAAUUGCAGGCCACUGGUGCCCGUACCAUCGCAUAGAGAUAUAUUCGUCUGAGACUCAAAGUUGGAGGCUUCUCGAUUCUUCUUUCAACACUCAACCUCAAGUCGUCUACAAAGUUGGUGUAUACUGCAAUGGCGCAGUUCAUUGGGUAGGCGUUGAUUGUGAGAUGUCGUACUAUCACAUAGAUGAAGAACGUGUGGGAUUCGUUGAUGGUUUCGCUAGGGAUGACGGCGGGACGAGUUUCUUUACGAGGCAGUCUAGAUAUUUUAGGGAGUCUCAUGGUGGUGGCCGUUUGCAUCUUAUUGAUAUUCAUAUACAAUGUCAUACUAGAUUUCAAGUCCUGGAGAUGGGGAAAGACUACUCUGGCUGGUUUGUCAAAUACAAUGUUGAUCUUGAUCCCUUAUGCACCGCUUACCUGCACAUCCCACAGAAUCUUUUUGUUAUUCUGUCGCUUGCUCCGGAGGAAAAUGAACAAGAUGAGGAAACUUCAUCUGUGUUGCUGCUGCAUACUCCUGGUAAAGUCAUCUCUUUUAAUCUUAGGAAUAACACCUUCAAAUCUAUUGAUUUAAAUCCCAAGGUCGGUGUUGAUGAAUCCUUUUGCCGAGUUGGUAGGUGGAAUUAUCGAUAUGUUGAGAGUUUGGCUGUUGUGUAA